GGAGCCGGGCGUCGGGGCUGCUGCUGACAGCUGCAUGCCGUGCAAAGCAGGAGGCCAACCGAACAAAGUGUGCUCAGUGGCAGCGGGGAGCGGUGACACCGGGCCCCACAAGGCAGCCCCCAGAAACCCCGUAGGCCCCGAAACAGCCUCAAAACCAACUUGGACCGUUGUGGCCGUAGAGCGCUCUCCUGCAAGCGCAGUUACCGUGCAGCUGGCCCAAGCCCCUUCGGUGUUUCGCGUGCCACCUCAUCGCUGCUCUUGAGGCUCCCUGCACCGGUUUUCUGUGGGUUGAUACAAAGAAUUGUUCCAACUGUGCCUGGUAUGGACUUGUUGUCUGGGACGUAUAUAUUUGCAGUCCUGUUAGCAUGUGUAGUGUUUCAGUCUGGCGCCCAGGAGAAGAACUACACCGUCCGAGAAGAAAUGCCAGAAAAUGUCCUGAUAGGCGACUUGCUGAAAGACCUCAACUUAUCACUGAUUCCAGACAAGUCUUUAACGUCACCCAUGCAGUUCAAGUUAGUGUAUAAGACUGGGGAUGUGCCACUGAUUAGGAUCCAAGAGGGUACUGGUGAGAUCUUCACUACUGGAGCUCGCAUAGAUCGUGAGAAAUUAUGUGCUGGUAUCUCGGUGGAAGCCCGUUGUUUUUAUGAAGUGGAGGUUGCCGUUUUGCCUGAUGAAAUAUUUAGACUGGUUAAGAUACGUUUUAUGAUAGAAGAUAUAAAUGAUAAUGCACCAUUAUUUCCAGCUACGGUUAUGAACAUAUCAAUUCCAGAGAACUCGGCUAUAAACUCUCGAUAUGCUCUACCAGGGGCCAUUGAUCCUGACAUUGGAAUAAAUGGAGUUCAAAAUUACCAACUAAUUAAGGGUCAAAGUAUUUUUGGGCUUGAUGUUGUUGAAACACCAGAAGGAGACAAGAUGCCCCAACUGAUUGUUCAAAACGAAUUAGAUAGGGAAGAGAAGGAUACAUAUGUCAUGAAAGUUAAGGUUGAAGACGGUGGCUUUCCUCAAAGAUCCAGUACUGCUAUUUUACAAAUAAGUGUUGCAGAUACAAAUGACAACCAUCCAGUCUUCAUGGAGAAUGAGAUUGAAGUUAGUAUACCAGAAAAUACUCCUGUAGGUACUUCAGUAACACAGCUUCAUGCCACAGAUGCCGACAUAGGUGAAAAUGCCAAGAUACAUUUCUAUUUCAGUAAUCUAGUUUCCAACAUUGCUAAGAGGUUAUUUCACCUCAAUACUACCACUGGACUUAUCACAGUCAAAGAACCACUAGAUAGAGAGGAAUCACCAAACCAUAAGUUACUUGUUUUGGCAAGUGACGGUGGAUUGGUACCAGCAAGAGCAAUGGUGAUAGUAAAUGUUACAGAUAUCAAUGAUAACGUGCCAUCAAUUGAUAUAAGAUACAUCAUUAAUCCAAUCAAUGGCACUGUAGCUCUUUCUGAAAAUGCUCCACUCAACACCAAAAUUGCUCUUAUAACUGUAACAGAUAAGGAUGCUGACCAUAAUGGUGAGGUAACGUGCUUCACUGAUCAUGAAGUACCUUUUAGACUAAGGCCAGUAUUCAGCAAUCAGUUCCUCUUGGAGACUGCUGCCUAUCUUGAUUAUGAAUUCACAAGAGAAUAUGCCAUUAAAUUAUUGGCCUCUGAUGCUGGUAAACCUUCUUUGAAUCAAUCAUCCAUGUUCCUCGUCAAAGUGAAAGAUGAAAAUGACAAUGCUCCGGUUUUCACCCAGCCUUUUAUAAGCCUUUCUGUUCCUGAGAAUAAUUCUCCUGGCAUCCAGUUGACAAAGAUCAGUGCAACAGAUGCAGACAGUGGACGUAAUGCUGAGAUUACUUACCUGCUAGGAGUUGAUGCUCCAUCUGAAUUCACCCUGGAUCAUCAUACAGGUAUUCUAACUGCAGUGAAGAAACUGGACAGAGAAAAACAGGAAAAAUAUUCCUUCACCGUUCUUGCAAGAGAUAAUGGAAUACCUCCCAUAAUGACUAAUGCCACAGUAUUAGUGACAGUUCUUGAUCAGAAUGACAACAGUCCAAUUUUCACCCACAAUGAGUAUAAUUUUUAUGUCCCAGAAAAUCUUCCACGACACGGCACAGUUGGACUAAUCACUGUAACUGAUCCUGAUUAUGGAGAAAAUUCUGCAGUCAUUCUCUCCAUUUUAGAUGUGAAUAAAGAAUUCACCAUUGAUCCACAGACCGGUGUCAUUCGACCCAAUAUUUCAUUUGAUAGAGAAAAACAAGAAUCUUAUACUUUCUAUGUAAAAGCUGAGGAUGGUGGUACUAUUCCAUGUUCUUCAACUUCCAAAGUGACCAUAAAUGUGGUUGAUGUUAAUGACAACAAGCCAGUUUUCGUUGUCCCUUCUUCCAACUAUUCUUAUGAAUUAGUUCUACCAUCCACUAUCCCAGGCACAGUGGUUUUUACUGUAGUUGCUAUUGAUAAUGACACUGGCAUGAAUGCAGAACUUCGUUACAGCAUUGUAGGAGGAAACACAAAAGGUCUAUUUAUAAUUGACCAAACAACAGGAAAUAUUACACUGAAGGAAAAAUGUGUUGUUGCAGACCGUGGCUUACAUAGACUGGCAGUCAAAGCUAAGGAUUUAGGACAACCUGAUUCUCUCUUCAGUGUUGUAAUUGUUAAUGUAUUCAUCAAUGAGUCUGUGACUAAUGCUACACUGAUUCGUGAACUGGUACACAAAAACAUUCAAACUCCAGUGAUCCAAAAUAUUGAAAUAGCUGAUGCAUCCUUACCAACCAGUGACUAUGUCAAGAUUAUAUUUGCCAUUAUUGUUGGCACAAUAACUGUCAUUUUCGUUAUUUUUAUCACGGCUGUAGUAAGAUGCCACCAAUCACCACAAAUUAAGGCUGCUCAGAAAAACAAACAGAAUUCUGAAUGGGUCACUCCAAACCCACAAAACAAGCAGAUGAUCAUGAUGAAGAAAAAGAAGAACAAUGCCCCUAAGAACUUGCUGCUUAACUUUGUUACUAUUAAAGAAACUAAGACAGAUGAAACUGACAAUGAUAGAAACAGCGUCACACUGGACCUUCCCAUUGAGCUAGAAGAGCAAACCAUGGGCAAGUACAACUGGGCUACUACACCUACAACUUUCAAGCAUGACAGUCCUGAUUUGGCCCAACACUACAAAUCCGCUUCUCCACAGCCUGCCUUCCAGAUACAGCCUGAAACUCCGCUGAAUUCAAAGCAUCACAUUAUCCAGGAACUCCCUCUGGAUAAUACCUUUGUGGCUUGCGAUUCCAUCUCCAAGUGUUCCUCAGGCUGUUCUGAUCCAUACAGCAUUUCUGAAUGCAGCUAUCCAGUGACAACUUUCAAGACCCCCGUGUCUGUACACACCAGAACGUCUCAGCGGCACGUCACAUUUCACUUACCAGAAGGCUCUCAGGAAAGCAACGGUAAUGGAAGAUUGGGGGACCAUGACGAAGGCAGUCUUUCCAGCAUAUUCCAUGCCUUACAACAUAGUUGUCCUCAGGAAGAAUACUUUGACCACGCUGCACCAAACAACCGUACUGAAGGGGAUGGCAACUCUGAUCCUGAAUCUACUGCAGAAAUAACAGUUCAACUAACUGUGGAAGAGGCUUCUGACAACUGCACUCAAGAAUGUCUCAUCCUAGGUCAUUCUGAUGCCUGCUGGAUGCCAUCUUCGCUCACCCAUUCCAGCCCUUCACAAUCACCGCCUUUUGUUCUAUGUCACCAUACCAGCCCUUCACAGUCACCACCCAUAGUUCACCACUGACGCCUGAAAGAGAUCUCUGCUUGCCACCUAGUUCACCGUUGGCGCAAUCCACUACUCUGUCACAGUACUCUCGGUGACCCAGACAGUCACACCAAGCUAGAAGUCUUCAAAUAUACUGGCUCUACACCACAAUCUAUGUUUAGCACAGGCACUGCUUUUUGUCACAGAUCCCUGACCAGCAAAGUCUUCAGCCCUCUUCUAUAGCUCUCCCUUGUCACAGGCUGCAGCAAUUUCCUACAGCCCUAUUUUGCUACAGGCUGCUGCCCUUCAUUGCAGCAUUGCAUCAUCUGGCUGUUUGAACAAGACUGGAUGUAAGGUAUUGGAAAAUGAACUAUUUACGCUUGAUGAAUAUAAAGUAGUAUAAAAUGUCCCUUUUACACCACGUCUGAAAGAUUCAUCCUAGUGAUAAUUCAAUUAAUGUCAUUCCUUUGAGAAUUUCACUCAGGGUCAACAAGCCAGACCCCAAAAAGGUGAAAAUACCAUUAUAGAAGAAUAUCACUUAAAAAGCUUAAGUGGGUGUUUCACAUUUUGCAACAAAAUGUAAAUAAUAAAAGUUUAAUUUUACUGUUCAAUUUUAAUGCAUAUGUCAGACUAAGUUUUUAAAUAACUGUAUAUAAAAAUAUUCCAGAUCAAAGUCUACAGCAAGAUCCCUAGUUAAUACUCAAAAAUAAAUUUAUAGCUUGUCUAACUUCAUUAUAAGUGAUAAGAAAAAGUUCUUAAUUCUUUGCAUAGAAAUAAUGUUAAUGAUGGGUAUUAAUGUGUAGUAUAUAUUAAUUUAGUACAUGUAAUUUUUACAUUUUUACAAAUAUGCUCUAUAUUGUGGGUUUUCUUUCAUUCUGAUGUUUGUGAACCCAGGUCAAAGCAAAUGGAAGCUUAACAAGUAUCUAAUUUUUAAAAGAAGCUUUAGUUUAUGUAAACUUCUAUUCAUAUAGAAUAGAAAGCUUGACAUAGUAGCAUAUUUGUCUUUUUGUUUGAAAUUUGAAGUUUAUCUCCAAUUUUUUAGUGUUGCUAUCUUCAAAAAUGUAUAAUAGAGAGUGUAAAUUUCCCUCAUAAAAUUGACUUUUUACGCUUUCUAGUUUUAUUUUAAGAAUCUAUUUUCUGUUGAUAAUAUCUGUAUAUAUAUAUUUCCAGUAAAAAACAUAUGUAACACAUUUCUCUACUCUUUAGUAGAGUUCGAGACACAAAAGUGCAAUAUUGUGACCAAAUCAAUCAAGUAUUUGCUAAAAUGGGCCUUUGUUUAUUUUGGUUUUGGGGCCACACCUGGAGGUGCUCAGAGCUUACUCCUGGCUCUGCACUCAGGGAUCACUACUGGCGGGGCUCAGGGGACCGUAUUGGGUGCUGGAGAUUGAACCCAGGUUGGCCAUGGUGCAAAGUAAGGGUCCUAUCCACUGUACUAUCAUUCCAGCUCCAGAAAUUGGUGCCCUUUUUAAUUUACCUUAUAAUAAAUAUAGUGUAAAGGUAUAUCAAAAAUCAUAUUUCAUCUACUAUUUAAGCUUACAUUUAAAUAUGAACUGCAUUAUUAAUUUCUGGAAUUUACACAUAGCAGGUUAGAAAGUCACAGGCAAAAUAGAACAAUUUAAUGUAUGAUUCAUUUACUACAAAUUACUAUAAAUUAUAUUUUAGAGAAUACCAAGAAUGCUUAGUAUUAAUUUGCCAGCUAAAUACAUUAUUACUGAAAGAGGUUCAAUAAACAUACACAAAAAUAAGUUUCGAUAAAACUAUACACUUGAUUAGACAAGAUUGUUUUUAAUUCUAGUUCCCCUUAUUAAAGAAAUCCACUGAUGCAAGAUUUAAAUCAUAGGAACUCUUUCCAAAGACUUAAUUAUACAACUACGUCAAAUCUCGUAUAGUAUAAAAUAAAAGGUGAUGCACAAGGAAAUAUAAAGUUCAUCAUUUAUUGAUGAAUUCAAAAUUCAAUUCAAACUACCCAAAUAAAAACACAAAAUCCCAACAACAAAAGCUCAAAUUAUGGAACAAAUAUUCCCUUCCAAGGAAGAAUACUAUACUAUUCCAAGUGGACAUUAGUUUCCUUCCGUUGCUGUCAUUCAUUGUCAUAGUAACUGGAAAUUGUAUUUAUAUGAUUAUUCAUCAAUUUUCAGAAAUACUAACUCAAUUUUUCUCCAUAGCAAAAAGGAGGAAAUAACUUGUUUUAAUAUUACACUUAAACCAAGAGACAACUGAUGUUUUAGUAGGGGGUGUGAAUGCAUAUUUCUGAUUAAAUUAUAGUCUUUUUUGAUGUAUAACAAAAUAGAUAAUUUAUGGUUAAUUUGUGCAUAAAUGUUUUAUUACAAAGUAUUGUAAAUAUUUAAAUUAGUGAAGGUAUACAUUGAAUGUUGAUAGUUUUCUUUCAUGUGUACAAUAGUUUAUGUAGAAUUUUGAAAAUACAUUGUUCCCAUUGUGAGGAUGUUUAAAUCAUACCUGAUUUGUUGUGAUAUAACUUCACAACCUUUAACAAUUAGUAUUUAACGAUAUUUCUAACUACUUAGCAUUAUUUACCUUUUCUCUUUAGUGUUUAUUAAUGUUUUAAAGGCAUUUGGAGCAUAUUGAUAUUUUAGGUGCAUGGGAAUAAUUCCUGUUCUUUUUUAGCAUGUGCGAUUUUAAGGUCUAAUGAUGUUUAAAACUUACUGAUAUAUGAAUCUGUGUAUGUGUUGUUAUUGUUAUCUAUGAUGGCUUUAAAUCUAGGGUAGAUAAGGAAAUUCAGAAUGACAAAAUCAGAGCUUCCAGUAUAUUUUAGAACAUUUUUCUCUCAAAACACUUGUAAAUAUAAGUGAAACUUUUCCUUCUAUUUUAGUUACUUUAAUUUUUAUUCAUAUAUUUACUUAAGAUCUAUAUACACAUAAAAUAGCUAAAAAGUGGAUAGAAAACAAGAAAUGGAAAUAUUUUAAAAUAAUGUUAGUGGUAUAAAUAGUUACUAUCUAUAAUAAUAAAAAUCAGAAUAGGGGUAACAAUUAAAUAUUUAGGAUUUUUCUGAUGGUGUGAUUGAGUUAUAAGUAGCUUUUAAGAUAUACUUAAAGUUUUAUUAAGAUUUUAUACAGGAAUGAUAAAGAUACAGGAAUGAACUAAUAGACUUUUCUUGUUCUUUCUAACUCUGAUUGUCCGAUCAGACUUAGAUUGUGUUUAUAAUAUGAAAUAAUUGGUAGCCUUUUCUGGGUCUGUACCCGAAAGACUUUAAAUGAAAGCAGGCUAAAAGCAACAAAAGAAGCAAGGGAUGUAAGCCCAGUUACCCUUCCCUAUGCAUUCUCUUCCUAAGCUUCCUCUGAGUCCUAUCUUGGAAACCUGCAAUUUGCAAAGUUUCAUAUCCUUCACGGUCUUUUUCAUCACACUGAAAAUUCUAUCUAUGAGUGGAUAUCUAAGGUUAUAUGUUGUCAAAGACCAUAUCAAAAAUGAGAUUCAUAGUUUAUUAGUCCUAGAAUUACAAGAAAUCUAAUUUUUUCAUCAAUAAAAAAUAUUUUCUUGGAAAAUGAUUUGAUUUAGUUUGAAAUUUAGGUUAAAAUACAGGUGUGAAAAUGGUGUCCACCAAUGAAAAUAGACAAACUGGUUAUUCUAUAUUAUGGCUAUACUCAAUUAUAUGCAAUUAUUAAUAGUAUAAUUUAAUAUAGCACAUUUAUAAGUAGAUAUUCACUGUGUCUUAGUGUUCUUACUAUAAGAUACCAAUUGUGAUCUGUCAUAGCAAAAUUAAGUAGGUUUAAUCCACAUAUAUAUUUUAAUAUUAGUUUUUUAUCUCUAUUAAGGCUGAAUAUAUGAACAUAUAUCUAAUAUUCAUUUAUGAACAUUUUGAUUUCUAUUUCAGUUGGCUAUUGAUAUUUUAUUCAUGUUUGUUUCUAAUCAAUUUUGUAGUUAUAUUUAGAUAAAUUUCUUACCACAGUUAUUAGAUUUUUAAGGUAAUUCAAUUGGCAUAAUUGAUCAGGAACACAUAGAAGUAUGAGGAAGUUAAAUUUUAUUUGAACUGGAACCCCUUAUACACGAUGUGCCAAUUAUCACACCAGAGCAAUUUUAUGCGAAGGCCUUAUAAGAGUCAUUGUUAUUGACUUUCUUACACUAACCAUCAAUGUGCUUUAAAUAAAUAUGUUUUUUAAAACCAAUGCAAAUGUAUAAUAGCAGAGCAAUAAAAAGACUACUCAGAUAAAUGUGUGUGGGCAAAAGAAAAAAUGCGAAGGCAAUAAUUUAGUGGUUUUAUGUGAUGCUUCUGUGAAUAUUAUGUAAUUUAUGCUAUUGUGCUUUAAGUAUUUGGAUUUUUGUUAAAUACAUAUUCAUGUUUGGAUUCAGAGAUUUUACCUCUUUGAUACCUUAUAUCAUCUCACAAUGAACAAUAUUCCAAAGCAAAUCUUGGCAUGCUUUGGAAAUAAGAAGGUAGGAAAUUGUAUGGCUCAGGAUGGAAUUUUGUAGUUUAGUGGUAAAUGUGUACUAAUUACUCAGUUUCAGAUUCUGUAUUGCAUGUUUUUAUUCACUAAUAUAGGUAUUAAUAAAAUAAUUAUAAAA